AGGCCGAGAACUAUCUUGGUUAAUUAGCCUCAAAAUCAGGAGCACUCUUCCUACACUCGUUGGUUACACUACCAAAGCCAAGAUCAAACAAACAAGCACACACCAUGUUGCUCCAACUUGCAAUUACCUUAUUGGUCAUAGCUCUGUUCAUGCACUUACGUCCCAAACCAAGUGCAAAAUCUAAGGCCCUUCGUCACCUCCCUAACCCUCCAAGUCCAAAGUCUCGUCUUCCAUUCGUUGGACACCUUCACCUUUUGGACAAACCACUUCUCCACCACUCCCUCAUUAGUCUCUCUGAACGUUAUGGCCCUUUGUACUCUCUCUACUUUGGUUCCAUGCCAACCGUUGUUGCCUCUACUCCUGACUUGUUUAAGCUCUUCCUUCAAACCCACGAGGCUUCUUCCUUCAACACAAGGUUCCAGACCUCUGCCAUCAGACGCCUCACAUAUAACAACUCUGUGGCCAUGGUUCCCUUUGGACCUUACUGGAAGUUCAUUAGGAAGCUCAUCAUGAACGACCUUCUCAAUGCCACCACCGUUAACAAGUUGAGGCCUCUGAGGAGCCAAGAAAUCCGUAAGGUUCUCAAGGUCUUGGCCCAAAGUGCAGAAGCCCAAAAGCCCCUUAAUGUCACCGAGGAACUUUUGAAAUGGACAAACAGCACUAUCUCUAGGAUGAUGUUGGGUGAAGCUGAAGAGAUUAGAGAUAUUGCUCGUGAGGUGCUUAAGAUCUUUGGGGAAUACAGUUUAACUGACUUUAUUUGGCCUUUGAAGAAACUCAAGGUUGGAAAGUAUGAGAAGAGAAUUGACGAAAUAUUUAACAAAUUUGACCCCGUCAUUGAAAGGGUUAUUAAGAAGCGCCAAGAGAUGAGGAAAAGGAGAAAGGAGAGAAACGGAGAAGUUGAUGAGAAUGAGCAGAGCGUUGUUUUCCUUGACACUUUGCUUGAAUUUGCUGAGGACGAAACCAUGGAGAUCAAAAUUACCAAGGAUCAAAUCAAGGGUCUCGUUGUGGAUUUCUUCUCAGCAGGGACAGAUUCCACAGCCGUGGCAACAGAUUGGGCAUUGUCAGAGCUGAUCAACAAUCCAAGGGUGUUUCAAAAAGCAAGAGAGGAAGUUGACAGGGUUGUUGGAAAAGAUAGACUUGUUGACGAAGCAGAUGUUCAAAACCUUCCUUUCAUUAGAGCCAUUGUGAAGGAGACAUUUCGUAUGCACCCGCCACUCCCAGUAGUGAAAAGAAAAUGUGUGGAAGAGUGUGAGAUCAACGGGUAUGUGAUCCCAGAAGGAGCAUUAAUACUUUUCAAUGUAUGGGCUGUGGGAAGAGACCCUAAGUACUGGGACAGACCUUUGGAAUUUCGUCCUGAAAGGUUCUUAGACAGUGGUGGUGAAGGGGAAGCAGGUCCUGUUGAUCUUAGGGGCCAGCAUUUCCAACUGAUCCCAUUUGGGUCUGGUAGAAGAAUGUGCCCUGGUGUCAAUUUGGCUACUGCAGGAAUGGCAACACUUCUUGCUUCUCUUAUCCAGUGUUUUGACCUGCAAGUAGUGAGCCCAAAAGGUGAAAUAUUGAAAGGCAAUGAUGCCAAAGUUAGCAUGGAAGAGAGACCCGGUCUCACAGUUCCAAGAGCCCAUAAUCUCGUGUGUGUUCCUCUUGCAAGAGAAAGUGUCGCAGUUAAACUUCUUUCCUCUUAAAAUACGAUACGCAAGAGCAUCUUGCCAUGGUUGUUGCUUUUAUAUAGUAAUAGUCCUUUCAAUAAGGUGUCAUGGAUACACAAUGAAGCAACGUCCCAACACUUGGGCUCAAACAUCCACAUGUAUCAUCCCAUUUUGUUUUUCUUCGGUACUGUGAUGUAACUUAAAUAUUUUCCUUUUUUUUCUUGUCCAACUGAAGCGCUGUAAUGAAUGAAAUCUAUUAAUUUUACUCGCAUACUUUUACACUUUAAACAUCUC